AUUCUGCUCUAUAAAAUGCCUGCUGGGGUAACUUGGGGUCAAUAUAUAUCUUUCUCAGUAACCGCUUUCCUUACUAUGAUUGCGGGUUCACAAGUUAUUCAUCACCACUACAGGCCAUUGGUAGAUCUUAAUAAAUAUAUAAAUAAGGAGUUGGAGGGUUACCCUGAAAAUGUGCAACAGAAAAUAAGGCAGGAACUUAGAGAAGAGGGUGUACUCAAGUAGUGAAAUGUUUAAAUAAUAACAUUUGUAAUUUGUAUAGUUGUAAUAAAUUAUUUUAAUCAUGUAAA